UGGAGGACAGUGAGGGACAGAAUCGCUGGCCUGACUCCCGCUGCAACAUGAGCUCUUCAGGGCCUCGGCCUCUGCAGAGCGGUUAGCCUGGCAGCCAAGCAAAGAGAUGAGGUGUGGGCCGCACCCCCAAGGAAGUGACUGUUGUAUGAGUCUAACCUCCACAGUAUGCAGCCGCUCACCUCAGGACAGGAAGUCACCACAGAGGAACCGAGCUGUCUGCUGUACGUGGCCAUUUUGUGCCACUCCAGGGGAGGAUGUCUGCAAGCCAGUGGAGGAGCCGCGGCGGCCGCCCACGCUGCAGGAGAUCAGGCAGAAGAUCGACAGCUACAACAGCCGCGAGAAGAACUGCCUGAGCAUGAAGCUGAGUGAAGAUGGCACCUACACAGGUUUCAUCAAAGUGCAUUUGAAGCUUCGGCGGCCAGUGACAGUGCCUGCGGGGAUCCGGCCCCAGUCCAUCUACGACGCCAUCAAAGAAGUGAACCUGGCGGCCACCACGGACAAGCGGACGUCCUUCUACCUGCCACUCGAUGCCAUCAAGCAGCUGCACAUCAGCAGCACCACCACAGUCAGUGAGGUCAUCCAGGGGCUGCUCAAGAAGUUCAUGGUUGUGGACAAUCCGCAGAAGUUUGCACUGUUUAAGCGGAUACACAAGGACGGACAAGUGCUCUUCCAGAAGCUCUCUGUCGCUGACUGCCCACUCUACCUACGCCUGCUCGCAGGGCCUGACACGGAUGUCCUCAGCUUCGUGCUCAAGGAGAACGAGACAGGAGAGGUGGAGUGGGAUGCCUUCUCCAUCCCCGAGCUCCAGAACUUCCUAACCAUCCUGGAAAAAGAAGAGCAGGACAAAAUCCAACAGGUGCAGAGGAAGUACAACAAGUUCCGACAGAAACUGGAGGAGGCCUUACGAGAAUCCCAGGGCAAACCUGGGUAACCAGUCCCACUUCCUCUGUCCCCAGUGCCCUUGGAUUUAUUUUUAUUAUUAUUAUUUGGGAACAGACACUUUUCUCAGGACAUCUCUGGUGAGUGCACUUGUGCCUGCCCAGCAACUCCAGAUGUGACACAAAGCCCCUUCUGCGGACGAGGGUUCGAGCGGGCUCCAUUCCUGCCCACCGCCCACGCUGUACCCCUCCACGGACUCUGCCCAGGAUGGAUCAGAACUUGUGCGGUGCGAAUGGUGUUGUCUUCUCCGUCUGCAGCCUUUCCCAAAAUAAAUGGCUGCUCACCAGACGGGAACCUGUUGCACCAGCCAGAGAAAGGAAAGAAGAAAGGUUUUAUAGAGCUCUGUGUUCUUUCUCUGACUUUGAUCCUUAUUCACUUUCUCUUUCAUUUUCCACUUGCAAUACCUUUAUUUAUUUACGCUGCAGCUGGUCUGAGCUCAGGCCCUGAGGCAGGGAAAUACUCAGAAGAUUGUCCCACUGUCCCAAGGAAAAUAAGUCAGUUCCUGAGCCGAUGUUCAGGGCACCCAGCUGGGGUGGCUCAGAGGUCUCCCAGGAAGCUGCGGCCUCCCUGGCCUGACCAUCUAGACCGAGCAUGUGGAAACCCAGAGCCAUGCCCCUAUGUGUGUUUGUCAGCUGCUAUUUGGUUUUGUUUGUUUGCUUUUUGCAGUUCUGGGAUCAAAUCCCGGGCCUUCACCUAAGCUGUACCCCUAGCCCUUUGUUUCUGUUGUUUUGUUUUGAGAUGACAGUGUCUCACUAAGUUAACUAAGCUCCCAGCCCUGGCUAGAAACUUGAGAUCCUCUUUGUCUGGGCCUCCCAGAGUGCUGGAACAGCUAUUUGAAGUUACAGACAUGAAGUUGGUAUUAUCAUCAUCCUCCAGUGUUUCUGCCAAGGGGCACCAGCCAUUCACCGUUUCAAAAGUCUCCCGCCGAGUCGGAAAACCAGACAGUAAGCGGAAGCAAAAAGUGCGGCAGAGAAACAUGCAAGCUGUCUCCAGCCCCUAGUGAGCAGAGCAGGGCCUGGGCUGCCUUGGUUUCCCUUUUGGCCUCCAGCACUGCUUCCCUCUGCCCCCUGGGACUGUGGCAUCUCCAGGUGCUGCCCAAGGAAUGGCCUUGAUCGCACAGGAGUCCUGUCUGUCCUCCGUGAGCCGUGGGCCUGGCCUCCCCGCUGACCUCAGUGCCUUUGUUUUCAGAGAGAGACGGGCAGGGCAUGUCGCUGCUGGCUUGCUCCUGCCGGGCAGUGGACAGUGCCGUGUGAGAGACAGGGCCGGGGGAGCCUGCACUCCACAUAGCUGAGGGCCGUGCACCUUUCCCAUCCGGGUUCCUGGGCCUCGUGGGGUCACACCACUGACAGGGAGGAUGGGCUCCGACGCUGAAUGCUGGUGCUGGUUCUUGUGUCCCCACUUCAGUGAACCACACAGUUGCAGCAAGUAGCCAGGACUGCAGGUGCGGCUUGUCACGCCAACCCGGCCCCUGACUGACCGUUUCUUUGGUGCUCUCUGCCUUCCCAAGUCCCUUGAGGGUUGGCUCGAGCCCACGCUCUUCCAUGUAGCCUCAUAUUCUCCCUGACCCCACAGGAGUGGCGACCCUCAUCCCACAAAGCGUCUUCAGGGCUACAGCCACCACCAGAGCUAGCGACUCAGAUUUCUCGGGCCGCCAGGCCCUGGAUCCCAUCUCAUGCUCAGCCUUCUCUCUCCUGCCCGUAGUGAAGGCAGCGUCCUGCAUGUGUCCGACGUGGAGAAGGCAUGGCUCCUGCUGUCAUCUCCGCGAAUGCUGCUGCGAGCCUCCCUCGAUGGGACGGCUGUUUUAUUUUUGAGAAGGAAAACAAGCAA